AUGAACGUUUUUCGCUAUCGCGCUGUUCCUUGCGAGUCUGGAUCUGCUGGUGUUGUCAUUUGUCCGCUGGAUCUCUUAAACGGCACUUGCAAGGCGGAUUGCUAUUCCAGGGUUUCCCUCAGACUCAAAGAUGGAGAUAAAUUGCCUUAUCGACCUGGAGACAGCGUUGAUUUGUUCGCGUGCAAUAACGAGGCCGACGUCUCCUGGUUGCUUCGACGAAUGGAUGGGAAGGUAUCGCCGGAUCAGUUCCUCAUCCUCAAGCAUAACUUGGCCUCUCGGAAAUCAAGCCCUGGAGGUCCACCUGUAGACAUACCAAUCACUCCACGAUUUAUCAUACGUCACCAUUUGGAACUUCAUUCUCUUGCGUCGCGAAAGACGAUUCGUUUGCUGGCUACUUGCUGUAGUAAUGAAGACGAGAAGCGGAUUCUUUUAAAGAUGGGAACGCGCGAGGGUGCCCAGCUUUACGACAAAUUGAUAAAAAAGACAUCUGCGACGAUAAUGGAUCUCCUUACGACAUUCUCUAGCUGCUCUCCAAGUUUGGAGACCAUGCUUGAACUCUUCCCUCCUCUUGCUGCGCGGCCAUAUUCUCUGAUUGAUGAA